AUGCAUUUUAAAGGGGCCGCUGAAAAAAGCUCAAAACAUGGUGAAGGAGAACGUAUUCAGUCACUUGUAGCUGUGAUUCGUGAUCGUAUGAGGAUUCAGGAGAAGAACAAGCCGGAGAUCUUCGAAACAAUACGGGUUGUCUUUAACGUUGACGAACGGACACAACAGGAGACAUUGAAGCAGAUCAAAACGAGCAUACUCGAAGGUAGCAGUAAAUGGAGUGCGAAAAUUACGCUCACAGUAAUUUGUGCUCAAGGACUUAUUGCCAAAGACAAGACCGGCAAGAGUGAUCCGUAUGUCACUGCUCAGGUUGGUAAAGUGAAAAGGCGCACUCGCACAAUCCAUCAAGAACUGAACCCUGUAUGGAAUGAGAAAUUCUUCUUCGAAUGUCAUAACUCAACCGAUCGAAUAAAAGUCCGUGUUUGGGAUGAAGAUAACGACUUGAGGUCGAAGUUGAGACAGAAGCUGACACGAGAAAGCGAUGACUUUUUGGGACAGACCGUGAUCGAUGUGCGAACGCUUUCAGGAGAGAUGGAUCUUUGGUACAACCUUGAAAAGCGAACGGACAAAUCUGCGGUCUCGGGGGCGAUUCGGCUCCAUAUCUCCGUGGAAAUCAAAGGAGAGGAAAAGCUUGCCUCAUAUCAUGUGCAGUACACGUGUUUACACGAACAUCUUUUCCAGGCGAUGUGUGUCGAGAAUGAUGAAGUACGAUUGCCGGAUGCUAAAGGUGAAGACAGUUGGAAGAUCUAUUUCGAUGAUGUCGGGCAGGAAAUAGUUGAAGAAUUUGCUAUGCGUUAUGGUAUCGAAUGCAUUUAUCAGGCUAUGACACAUUUCGCUUGCCUUUGCACAAGGUAUAUGUGUGUUGGAGUACCUGCCGUACUAUCCACGUUACUCGCCAACAUCAAUGCGUGA